UUCAGCUACAUGCCAUUUUUCACGGUAAUAGUAACUCUUUGCUACGCUUUGCAUACAAAAUGUUUUAUUUUUCACAUAAAUAUCUGAGCUAGACAAAGACUGUAGGUGAGAAGGCAUUUGAGUUGAUAGUUAGGGUUAGUUUGAAAAGCUGUUCGAGAGGGGUAAUUGUAAAAAUACAAUAGAAGGCAUUAAGCUGACCUUUUUUCCGCUUUACCAUUGGCAACGUGUGCCUAAAACAAUGUUUCGAUUCCAUAUAAAGAUAAAGCAAUGCGGAAAAAAUUCAUAGGUUAAUCAGUUAAAAUCAAAACAACUCUAGAGCAAACAUUCGUUGCUGUAAAGCCAUCAGUCCUUCAUUGCUGUAACACCAGCAACAUGGAGAAGCAAACUUUACUUUUUUAUGCCAUCUGUCUCCUUUUUGCACUUGGUGCAAAGGCAUCGAAGUACACUGCGUAUGUUCCAGACUCCCUCACUUUUCAUGAUGUAGCAAGAGAACAAGAUGCCUCGAUGGCAAAACGUGCAGAACAUAAAGCAAUCCAACAAGAUGCCUCGAUAGCAAAACGUAUAAUACCUUUAGCUGUGCCCAUCGCACACUAUCCCCUUAACCUUGAAUAUGGCGCUCGAGAAAAAGACCUCAAGCAGCCAAGUGGGGUAAUCCAUGGAUCGGUGACGCUUGCAUCCGGACCACACAACGAGCCAAACGGAGCCUACGAGUUCCCUGGCACCAGCGACAGUUACAUCGAGUUCCCGAACGACGGAGGCCUGGACACCCGUCAAUCUAUUACCCUGAUGUGCUGGGUUCAACCAGGAGGUCAAGACGGACCGCUGUUCAACUACAGGGAAUCUGGACCCUGGGGAGUUCAUAUAUGGAUUAACUUUGGGAAGUUCUUUAAUCGGAUCACAGAAUUUCCAAACCACGCUUUCAGGACGGCUAUUUCGUCAUUUGAGGAGCUUACAGAGGGACAAUGGUACCACGUUGCUGCAACCUACGAUCAUAACACCGGAGUCAACUUCCUCUACAUUGAUGGAAAUCCAGACAAUUCCCUUAACAUUGGCACAGGCUACGAGAUUUCAACAAACGAUGAUAAAGUGCGUAUGGGAGUCAAGGACGGCGAUGGUAGAUACUUCAAAGGCAAAAUCACUCAAAUGAAAGUUUAUGACUUUGCUCUGAAUGUUGACCAAAUAAAGGCUGCGAUGAACGCAGAAGUUCCUGAUCCAUGCUUAAGCACACCUUGCAAAAAUGGAGGCACAUGCACCAACAAGGGAUACAACACUUUUGAAUGCGAAUGUGCUCCAGGCUUCGAAGGAGACACUUGUGAAGGAGAGCUCGAUCCAUGCGCAAACAACCCUUGCAAAAAUGGAGGAACAUGUACUGAUCUUGGAAAUUCAACCUUUGAAUGCGAGUGCGCUACGGGCUACACUGGAGAUCGCUGCCGAAAAGAUGUCGACGAAUGUAACGACAACAAUGGCGAUUGUCAAGAUAUUUGUGUCAAUACUAUCGGAAGCCACUUCUGCGCAUGCUCUGAUCCAGAGUUUAGCGUCGCACCAGACGGACUCCACUGUAUUGCCGAGGGAGUGGAUCUUGACUGCGGCCAGGAUGAAAUGACCAUUACUCUGCCCAAGUCGCUCCUCAUGGGUCUUGACCGUGAACACCUGAGGCUAAUCGAUGAACAGUGCACGGCCACUGAAAAUGAAACUCACUUCUUUCUCACAACAAGGACCACCGAGUGUGGUACAUUACUCAAGCACAACAACGAUCACGCUAUUUACAGUAACAUGGUGUCAGAAAUUCCACUCGAGGAAAAUCAAAUUGUGACCCGUGUGCGCGAGGCUACGAUCCCGUUCUACUGUUUCUACUCUAAAUUUGGCGUGGRGUCUUCAAUWGGAAUCAAGCCGAUAAGCAAGAAGGUUGUUCUGUCAUCUAAAGGUUAUGGAGAGUUCACCAUUACACUGGACGUGUUCAGGAAUCCCAGCUUCACCUCGCCCUACUCUCAAGAUGAUUUCCCCGUUGAGUUUUACAUCCGAGAGCGAAUAUUCCUUGAGACGUGCGUCGAUACUGAGGACGACCGGUUGACAAUUCUGGCCUUGGACUGCUAUGCCACUCCUUCCCAAGACAGGGAUUCACAACCCAGAUAUGACGUCAUAAGCGACGGAUGCUCUGUGGACGAAGACGACACACUUAGGUUCCAUCCCAGCCCCAGCGACCAAUGUCAGCGGUUUAGCCUGGAAGCCUUCCAAUAUGUCAACAAGCACCCUUAUGUGUUUUUCCACUGCAAGGUCAAGAUCUGCAAUGCCUCCGAUCCUAACUCUAGAUGCGCGCAAGGCUGCGUGACGCGAAGGCGACGAAGCGCGAAGCCGCUUCCUGAAAGUGUGGAUGAUACCUAUGCUCUUGCCCAGGGUCCUUUCACACUGAACCGCGAGAAGAGGGAGGCGGAAGCGGAUGAAGUUGAUCAGAGCACGCGCGUGGCCAACAAAGGUACCAACCUUUCUGUCGUUGCUGCGCUGGCAGUGGUCAUUGGCGCCUGCGCGGUGGGAAUGGGUUACAUGGCUUGGCAGAAGAAAAAGGAGAUAUCCGCACGCAAGUACAUACCGCUUUUUGAAGACCUGCAGAACUGAUGAUGUCAUAAGCAACUUGUUUGUUUUGUUGGUUUGGUGCAGACCUGUCAUUUUAACUCAUAUUCCAUUCAGCGUGAACAUAGUGAAAUCCUGUUUGAAUUGUUCCUCACUGGCACUGUAUGGCACUAUAAUUUGAAGAUUUCGUAAUCGACCACCCCUGUGGACCGGUACCCACACUUGGGGAAUACUAACUGUUCUCUUCUUUUGUUUUUAAACCCACGCAAUUAAGCCACCACUUAAAGACUUCGAUUCUUUUUAAGUCAACGCUUUAAAGUAUUAAAUAUCUAAUGUACCGCAGUAUAACAUCGCUAAAUAACGUUCAGUGACAAAUAUCUCGAAUCCUUGUUUGAGAUAGAGUGUUACCCUGAGAUUAAUGUAGAAGCUUUAAGCUAAAGGCUCUGGAAACGACCCUCUCUAAUUAAGACCAUUUUUUGAUAUUCUGUGGUGGUCGCUCGCAAAAGCUUCUACAGUAUUGUCGUCCCUUGAAGUUUAGUUAGAUGACUCUCGGAGAUAAUUGCUUUAGGGCGAUCGUGCGUAUAUUUCAUAGUGUUAUCUUAGAAGAUGUAAAACAUGUAAGCCUUUGUCUUUCGUGGAAUUAAAUUCCACUUUUUCAAUUAA